UAAUAGGAAUUGGAGAACCUUCCAGUGUUUCUCGAGACUUCCUUCCCUCCCAUAAAUCCAAAAUCUCUCAACUCAAUACUCUGAAAAAAAAUGGCGUUAUUGGGUGAUCCAUUCAGGCGAUUCUUCAUCAAUCCUCCAAUCUAUCGUACCGGAUCAACAACAGCUCUCAUGGAUUGGUUCGAAACUCCACAAGCUCACUUCAUCAAAAUCAACGUCCCCGGAUAUAGCAAGGAAGAUGUGAAGGUGCAGGUAGAAGAAGGCAAUAUAUUAGUGGUGAAAGCAGAAGCUGGAAAGGAGACGUCGAAAGAGAAAGAAAAGGAGACUGUUUGGCAUGUGGCCGAGAGGGGAGGAGGACUCGACGGUUUUUCGAGGGAAAUUGAGUUGCCGGAGGAUGUGAAGGUCGAUCAGAUCAAAGCUCAGGUGGACAAUGGCGUGCUGACGGUGGUUUUGCCCAAGGAUCUGAGCCCUAAGCCGUCGAAAGUGCGUAACAUUCAUGUCUCCAGCAAGCUCUAGUCAUGAGGUGUUUGGGAUACCUGUAGAAAGCUUUUAAAAUGUGGUUGUUGUUGUUAUGUCAAAUGGUAAUUAAUUACAUUGUAUAUUAAUAACAAUCGAUAUGAAAGUAUGUGAUACAGUUGAGUUAACAUCCUAAACCGAAUGAUAUUUUGUAA